CCAACUGAACAACCAGGUCCGGUCUGGUUUUACGGCGUCGCACAACAGCUCCGACAAGAAACCCGCGUCUACCAGCAUCGCACAGGACUCGACGUUUUACCGGUACGAUCCACUCGGAGCAAGACACUGACGUUCUUAUCUUCGUGGCGACCGGUAUUUUCGUGCUGGCUGUGGACUAGUUCGUAGAGACGCGCGUCUGGAUAUACUACUAUCACAAUGAAGAUGUCAGUGAUCCUUGCAUGGCUUUCACCGAACGUUUAAUCAGUCGAGAAUUCAAGAAUAUGUGAGAGUGCGUCGUGUUAGGAUAAUACAAAGAGAACUUCGACGAAAUAUAUUUUAUGGACAAUGACGGGACAUUCUCCAGUUAAAUACACAAGAGUUCUAACUGAAGAUUAUUUGUUCCAUAGAUGAAGUAUUAUAUUACUUCAAGUAGUAUGUAAUGUAACAUUGCCACAGUCAUCGAAAAACAUAAAUCGAGAAGAAAAAUAUUUUGGAGUAUCAAUAUGCCAACAGUUAGCUUGUAAACAGUUUGCAAUCUAUCCGUCGGAAUGAAACAAAGUGACAUCACAGUUUAAUUAGUGGCAGAUUUGCUUGCAAGACAUCAGAAUUGUUGUCAGAAACGUGAAAUUAAAAAGAAAAGUUAAGUUAAACGAAAAGCUUAUCCUGAAUUGUUACUUUUCAAUCUUAUUAGUUAAUCAUGUACGUCAAAAAAAAUCGUGAAUUUCGAGUAGAAAGUGUUAAUGAAAAAUUUUAAGAGGAUCAUGCCGUCCAUCAAUACUACUUGGAUCACUUCUGUAAGGUAAAUCCUUUAAAAUGAUAUUUUAUAUUGAAAAGAAAGGUACGAUAAAAUUGAAAAAACGCGCACGUGUUGGAGAGAAGAGAUCACCAUGAAAACACGACCUACGAGGAUACUAUUGUGAUCAGGUUAAGAAAUCCAAGCUUAUCCUUGUGCGAGGUGGGUGUUUUCUCAGAAAACAAUGUCGUGUACAACCACGGAAUCACCAAUGGUCUUAGACUCGUCGGAUCCCGAGGUCAGAUCGAACCACCUAAUUCAGCGACUGGAUCAGGAUGGGGAAGAUGCGGAGAAACGGGACCAGGCGCGAGGAAUGGAAUGCAACAAUGCGGAUAGCGAUUGCGAAAGCGACACGAGCGAGGUGUUGAGCGUUGGUAGUGAACCAACGCCAACUAGCGUAGUCGGGGUGCGCGUAUGUGGUUCUAUGAGGUAUGAUCACGAGUCUGCAAGCAGUCGAGGUGAGUUUCGUGACGAGGAGAACACGAGAACAUCGGCGACAUCCUCGCCAUCCAGCUCUACCAGCUGCAACGACUUGUAUUAUCAACGUACGUCUGCUCAUCAUGUCUCUGUACCAAGUCCACCCGGCUAUAGCCAACCACCGUCGUCUCCUACGGCGUCUUCCGUCAGAUCACCGGCUUCCUCUUCGGCCACCGCAUCGUCCCCAGGUCGGCCGGAGGCUAUUCAAGAGGCUAUCGUACCCAGGUAUCAAUCCAGUCAUCAGCAACAUCUCUUACCCCGAUAUUCCUCUAGGGAACCCGAGAUUCCCGAUUAUCCAGCGCGAGUUCAACACGGCCUAGGUCACGAAAUCGUUUAUCCUACUGUUGAGAGGUUACAUCGUACACCUAUAAGCGUUCCUCUAGUGACGAGACUUUCCUUGUCACCGCCGUCGGCCAUGACGGUUACCGGACUUCAAGCAACAACUCCUGUUCUUCAUCCCGCUGCGUGCAGAGAUCCGCGAGAGACUGCCUCAUUGUUGCCGCACCACAGCCAGCAUCUGCAUCACGCGAACGCCCACACGCAUCUGCAUCAAGGCUCGCAGGUGCAGCAUAUACCGGCGAAUUCGGUGCACCAGCAUCGACUCUCGGUCAGCAAGCUCCUACAACGAGAUUCCGGAAGCCCGGUGUCGCCUGGCAUCAGGGAAGAGAACGGACGUACCUUGCCUGUCGUAAACGGCGUGCAAAACAACAUGAACAAUAAUAGCAAUCAUCACAACAGUCAUAACAACAACAACAACAACAACAAUAACAACAAUUUGCAACACCAGGCAGGUCUGAAGUUUAGUAUAGACAAUAUCUUAAAGGCGGAUUUUGGCAGAAGAAUCACGGAUCCUAUUUCGCUGAAAAAGUCGCGGCCUAAGAAAGUAACUUCAAGGCCAAUUGACCUGACGAAAGACUUUUUAGAGUCGUCUUCCGAUACUUCCGAAAGAAACAACUCGGAGACGACAACCACCAACACCUCACCCACUAGCGUUUCAUCUGGAAAUUCAACGUCCAAUUCGACUGCAUUAACCGGGACCGAUCCUGGAAAGAUGUUGUGGCCAGCGUGGGUCUACUGCACUAGAUAUUCGGACAGGCCUUCCUCAG